ACCUGACCCUGGCCUUGGAGGGGAGAAACUACAUUACCCACAAGGCCACGCAUGGAAUGCCACCAGGCUGAGCCAAUGGGGGCUCAAAUAAGGUAUUUCCUUUUGGCCCCUUCUCUGGGACGGGACCAAGUCCUUUUGGCGGGAUUUUGUCUUCUGAGGUGUUAUCUCAGGACUGGAGCGUGGUGUUCCCACCUCACUGCCCGUUGUGAGAGCCUCCCGUGGUGCUCACCGCUCACACGUGGGGUUGGAGCUCGGAGUCACCGCCCGGACCCCGGCCAGGGCCGGGACAGGCCCCGCCAUUCCUGCCGCGGCUUCCGCUCCCGCCGCCCCCGCCCCGCGCGGCCCACAGAGCGCGAUGGCGGCGCCCGCGCUGAGGGGCUUCGCUGAGGUUGGUGUGACCUUUGAGGACAUUGCCCUGUACUUCUCCAGGAAGGAAUGGCGCCUCCUUGAUGUGGGUCAGAGACAGCUGUACCUGAAUGUGAUGCUGGAGAACUUUGAACUUGUAUCCUCGCUGGGUUGCUGCUAUGGAGCAGACAAUGUGGAGGUACCGAUGGAACAGAAUGAUUCUGUAAGAGUGUCACAGGCCAGGAAUCCCAAGUCAGCCUUAAUUUCCCAGAAGAGCCACCCCUGUGAGAGUUGUGGGCUCAUCUUGAGAAGGAUUUUCCACCUGACUGAGCUGCAAGGAACACAAUAUGGACAGAUACAGCUGAGGUGUGGGGCAUGUGCAAAACUAUUUUAUUUCAGUGCCAAAUUUCAGAAGCAGCAUGUGAGAGAGAACACUUUCAUUAAGGGUGUGGAGAGGAUGUCACUUGCAAAGAUUUGCAAUUUCAAUGUGUCCCAGAAUCAUGUCACCUGUGGGGAGGUUGGGCAGGGCACACUUUGCUGGUCAGAGCAUCUCCACCUAAAGGCUGAUGAGACCAUGGACAGGCCAAAUGAUAUUUCCAAGGGUGGUUUGAUGUUUCACAGGAGAAAAGAUUUUUACACCAGAAAAGAAUGUGAGGAAGAUCCAGGCAGCAGUAAUCUUCGUCAUCAUCAGGGACUUGGGACUGGAGAAAAGCUUUAUAAAUGCAGUGAAUGUGGGAAAUCUUUCAAGAGUAGCUUCGGCUUUCGUUAUCAUCAAAGUUUUCACACUGGAAAUAAGCCUUAUAAAUGCAGUGAAUGUGGGAAAUCUUUCAAGAGUAGCUUCGGCUUUCGUUAUCAUCAAAGUUUUCACACUGGAAAUAAGCCUUAUAAAUGCAGUGAAUGUGGAAAAUCUUUUAUCCGGAGCACUGCCCUUCAUUGUCAUCAGAGAGUUCACACAGGAGAAAAGCCUUAUGAAUGCAGUGCCUGUGGGAAAUCUUUUUCACACAGUUCUGUCCUUCGUAGACAUCAGAGAAUUCAUACAGGUGAAAAGCCUUAUAAAUGCAGUGAAUGUGGGAAAACUUUUUCUCGUAAAAGCAAACUUCAUUAUCAUCGGAGAGUUCACAAUGAAGAAAAGCCUUAUAAAUGUAGCGGUUGUGGGAAAUCCUUUUCUACCAGCAGUGACCUUCAGUGUCAUCAGAGAAUUCACAUUGAAGAAAAGCCUUAUCAAUGCAGUGAAUGUGGAAAAUCUUUUACCACUAGGAGUGGGCUUUAUUGUCACCAGAGAGUUCACACUGGAGAAAAGCCUUAUCAAUGCAGUGAAUGUGGAAAAUCUUUUACCACUAGGAAUGGGCUUUAUUGUCAUCAGAGAGUUCACACUGCAGAAAAGCCUUAUCAUUGCAGUGAAUGUGGGAAAUCUUUCAAGAGUAGCUUUGGCAUUCGUUAUCAUCAAAGUUUUCACGCUGCAAAUAAGCCGUAUAAAUGCAGUGAAUGUGGAAAAUCUUUUAUCCUGCGCACUGCCCUUCAGCGUCAUCAGAGAGUUCACACAGGAGAAAAGCCUUAUCAAUGCAAUGAAUGUGGAAAAUCUUUUACCACUAGCAGUGGGCUUCAUUGUCAUCAGAGAGUUCACACUGCAGAAAAGCCUUAUCAAUGCAUUGAAUGUUUGAAAUCUUUUGCCGAUAGAACUGGUCUCCGAUAUCAUCAGAGAGUUCACACAGGAGAAAAGCCUUAUCAAUGCAGUAAAUGUUUGAAAUCUUUUGCCAAUAGAAGUAGUCACCAAUAUCAUCAGAGAGUUCACAGUGGAGAAAAGCCUUAUAAAUGCAGUGAAUGUUCGAAAUCUUAUAUCGGUAGAAGUGCUCUACAAUAUCAUCACAGAGUUCACACAGGAGAAAAGCCUUACAAGUGCAGUGAAUGUUCGAAAUCUUUUACCUCUAGAAAUGGUCUACAAUAUCAUCAGAGAAUUCACACUAGAGAAAAGUCUUAUCAAUGCAGCGAAUGUUUGAAAUCUUUUCCCCAUAGAAGUGCUCUCCAAUAUCAUCAGAGAGUUCACACUGGAGAAAAGCCUUAUCAAUGCAGUGAAUGUGGAAAAUCUUUUAACACUAAGAGCAACCUUCGUAGUCAUCAGCGAAUUCACAGUGGAGAAAAGCCUUAUAAAUGUAGUGAGUGUGAGAAAGCUUUUAUCUCUAGUAGUAACCUUCAUAGGCAUCAGAGAGUUCAUACAGGAGAAUAGCCUUAUUAAUGCAAUUAAUGUGAGAAAUCUUUUAAAAGUUGUGUUGGUCUCCAGUAUUGUCAGGGCGUUAACAAUGGAGAAAAGCCUUAUAAAUGCAGUUAAUGUUGGAAAUCUUUUACCAGUAGCAGUGAACUUAAUUGUCAUCAGAGAAUCCACACUAGACGAAAGUCUUAUCAAUGCAGUGAAUGUAGGAAAAUUUUUACCCAUAACAGCAACCUUCAUUAUCAUCAGAGAGUUCACACUGGAGAAAGUCCUUAUAAAUGCAGUGAAUGUGGAAAGUCUUUUACUGUUAGCUCUGGUCUCAAAUAUCAUCAGAGUUCACCCAGGAGAAAAGCCUUAUCCGUGCAUUGAAUGUAGGAAAUAUUUUGUCUGUAGUACUAGCCUUCAUGCUCAUUAGAGAGUUCACUGCAGAAAAGCCUUAUCAAUGCAGUGAAUGUGGCAAAUCUUUUAGAAGUAGAAGUGGUCUUAAAUAUCAUUAUGGAGGUCACUGUGGAGAAAGCCUUGAUGAACGAAAUUAAUGUGUGAUAUCUCUCAGUCUAACUUGUAAAUUAUCUCUUUACAAAAGAAUCUUGAUGUGAAAAGAUUCUUGAUGUGUAGGAAAUGUAGUUUGUUAGUUAGGAUUUGACUGUUGUAUAAUAUAAGUGAAGUCUCAGUAGUCUGAAUUGUAUCUGCUAUAUUUAAUCAGCUACAUUAUGUAACAUCCCCCAACUAUUUCUGCUGUGUGUGUGUUUGUUUUUAUGUUGGAAUUAUAUGUAUCUAUGCUGCUCUUUGUAACAUACAGAGAUGUCCUACCAGAUCGAUGUCAGUACAUAUUUAUUUUGUUAAAGUUAUUUCACUUGAACCACCUAUAUGGUCCGUGCAGAUGGCAUCAAUCACCAUCCUCAUGUGCCUAGUGAAUCUCUGUUGUCUAAUUUGUUGAAGAAAAUUAGGAAUAGCUGAGCCCUUAGUUCUUACUUGUUUCCCUGUCAUGAGUCUCCACAUAGUAUUGAUUCCUGCUGGCCCCAGUUAACAUAAGGUUUCAGAAGAACUGCCAUUUUCAGGGACACACGUUCCCUAGAUUAAUGAUGAGUUUAUUUAUUGAAUGCCUAAGUUAUCAAUGGGAGAACUGCCAAUCUCAGGUCUCUUUCUUUGCAAAAUAAUGAAGGCCUUUUCCUAAGUCUUCUUUCUACUUGGGUAUUCUAUUAAUUCUACGGGUUUGUUCAUAAGAAUAUCUGGGCACUCCAAGCAUGAUGAUGUGAAAAACUUGUAUGUGGUCUCAAACAUUUUUGCCCAGAGGAAAGACUAUGGUGCAGAAAUUAGCUCAGCCAUUUUAAUCAGGUUUACAUUGCUGCCCAUAAUUUUGCAGGCAACACUUGGCAUCUAGUCCUCAUGUGAAGAUGGAUGCUUUGAGACACAGAUCACUCCAAAGAGGGAAUUGCUGUGACUACCUCAAGUAUGUCUGGGAGCAGCAUGAAUUUUUUUUCUUUUUUGCAAGAGAUGCAAAGACAAUUGAAGGGGAUGUUUUUUCCAGUUGUUGCAGAGGGGCAUGUGCCCUAAAGAUUUCAAUUCCGUGGAUGAAGGGCACUGGUUAGAGGACUAUUGCUGUGAGGGGAAACCUCUUUUUGCAGAAACACUGACCUAAUUACAAUAGAAGGAAUGGUCUUCAUCUAUAUCUGCACCCAAAAAUAUUUUUAAAAUAUAUUUUAUUGAGUUUCCACAG